UUAGAGCUACAACUGAGUCCUCAACAACACCCCUUUCGAAUUAGAAAUUUAUGGCCUAGCUUGUUGGAAAAAUAUACAGCAGCGUAUAAAAACAAAGAUGAACCUGUCCUGUCCUUUCAAAGAAAUGUUUUUUUUGAUAAGAGAGAAGAAAUCAGGAUCAGUGACAUGAAAGUCCUGGAGCUCCUUUAUGAAGAAGCCAAGUGGAAUAUUUUAGAUGGACGAUAUCCCUGUGAGCCUGAUGAUUGUGAUGUGUUGGGAGGAAUUCAGGCACGACUAGAGCUAGGCCCUUGUGAUUCGGAGAAACACUCUCCUGAGUUUUUCAAAACUCGAGUUCGAGACUUUCUUCCUGUUCGUGCUUGUAAUGCAGGCUGGUCAUGGCUAAAUUUUAGCUCUAAGAAUGGACCUGAACAUCGGCUUUUUAAACAAUACAGUGCCAUAUCAACUUCAACAACAACUUACAAACUUUUACGCAAGUAUCUCGAGUACUGUUGGGCACUUCCUUAUUAUGGGAGUGCAUUCUUCAAAGCACAGAUAGAAAAACCAGCUAAGGGUAUCACAGCUCUAAUCUCUCAUUAUGAUCAACCUGUAUUGGUGGCUAUCAACAGGGAGGGUAUUCAUGUAAUUGAUGUCAGAGAAUCGGUUAUCUUGUUGUCUCUGAGAUAUCGAGAAAUGUCUUGGAAUUAUGCCUGCCCAAGUAAACCAGAAAAUCCUAACUGCCUGCCUUGCUUAUUUGUACAGUUCAAAAUUCAGUUUCAGAAUCCACAAGAAUUUAAAGUUUUACAGAUCUUUUCAAGACAGGCGGAGCUAAUGGACAAGCUGAUUUCAGCUUUCGUUGAUGAAUUAAAACACCGACCUUCAUGGGAUGAUGAUGAAGUUGAUUUUGCUGGGCCAUCUUCCAGCCAAGAUGACUUUGGGCUUCCCAUCACUCCACAGAAGAUAAGCUCUGAUUCUUAUAUUUCUGACAAUAUAAAGAAACUUUCUCUAGCUACUUUUAAUGAAGAUGGGGAAUGCACUUCGUGUUCAGGAUCAUGGGCAUUUACCAAGUAAAGAGAGAGAAUUGCAAUGGAUUUGGUAGCUAUUUAUUGUAAGAUGUUUUAUUUUAAGAUAACUAAUGUUGAUAAAUGAGUUAAUGUACUUAAAAUCUGGCUGAGGAUUGAUAGUCUUCUUAUUUCACAGUCUUCACUAUCUGAAAAUGGUAAGCAUAACAAAUUUAUGAAUAAUCCUUGCAGAGUAAAGUUAAUAUGAUAAACCUAUCUGUACAAUAAUUAUGAGCAGUAAAUGAUUUCCACCAAUAUCAUACAUGUAAUGAAAAUAACAAGUUAAUUUUUUUAUGUUAAUAAUAGACCUGCUUAUUCAGAAAUAUAAAGAGAAAAUUAUGAGUUAUUCAGCAUUAUUAUAUUUUCUAAUAAAAUGUCAAAAAUUCAUAAGGCUUUAGCAAAGUAUGAAGUAACAUCAAUUUUUCACUCUUUAUUUAACAUGAGAAAGAUCUAAACAAAUAAUGUGUAGAGUAUAAUAUCUGAACAAACUCGCUCAAAAAAAAGUAAAAUAUAAAUGAACUCUAUUAAAAAGAAGUUUAAACUGAGAUUAUCUGAAACUUUUGUUCAUGAAUUUCAUCAUCACGUAAUAAUUUAUUGUUUUGUUAAUUAUUAUGGAAAUAUCUGUAGUUUUAAUUUCAUAUUUGACCUGAUAUGGUUAACCAUUUUUCUUGAUGUUUUGUCUGUUUGAAUUCCAUUCACAUUUCAAGUUUCACAAUUAAACUAAUAUGGUUUAGCUAAUUGAUUUCUUAAGUUCAUGAAAGUUUUUCAUGUAAUCAUCAAUUUUAGAGAAAUUGUAUGCUGGCAAAUUUUCAUGUAUUCUGAAGAGAAAAAAAAAACAUUUCUUAAACCAUUUUAGAACUUAUUCAUAUUUGUUACAAAUAACAUACAAGUUAUGUGUCAUGCCAUCAAUAUUUUCAGUCUAAAAUUUAAGUGCCCUUUGUAACUUUGAUCACAUUAAAAAAUGUAUCUGAUUGAAGUAGAAAAUUUGGUAAUUUGUGUCAGCUUGUAUAAAUAGUGUGUAGUUGAUUUUUGUCAUAUACAUAUUGUUUUGAUUUUAUAUUUAUUGUUAUUUGUUAUCUAUGUAAUAUGUAUACUGACAUUUCAAAACCUUUUAUAACUAAAACUUUAAUUUUGUUAAUACAAUCUAAGAACAUAUACAUGUGCAAUUUAUGAGGAAGUCUUGAUGUUGCUGUGUCUAGUCAGUGUUUUUGAUUUUCUUCUCUUUACCUCGUUACAUUCUAUGAGUAUGACAGUAUUUUUAUGUUUGCUUACUAGUACGGAAUAGAAUGAGUGUUCUCUAAAAAGGUUAACUUGAUGGUGCAGUAAUGUUUUUGAAGUACAGAUACUUGCUUUUGAUGAACUGCUUAGUAAUGUUUGAAAACCUUCUUGAAGUUUUUAAUUUUGUGUACUUCAAUUUAUCUGGUCAUGGAAAAGCAUUUUAUAACGUGCAGUUUUUGAAGUUACUUUUGAAAGAUGUGCAGAAACAAGGUAUCAAGAACAAACAUAAGGAAUUAAAAUAGUCUUGAAAUACAAAUUAAAUGUUUUCUCAGGUAAGCCAUUUAGUUCUUGGAGUCGAAAAAAAUGCAUAUUCUGUGUAAAUGAAGAAAUUAAUUUGUCUCAGAAGUUUAACAAUGGAAAAACUUAACCUCUCAUGAUCCACAUGUCAUAAUGACUGGACUGAUUUAACAGAUAUCCAACCUGUUAUUUUAAAUAGAUAAUACGCAUUAGGAAUCCUGAAAAUAGCUGCAAACAAGUCAUAAUGCACAAUCACAUUCUUAAAAUGAAAGCAUCAUAUUCUUAUUGAAGUAAAUGAAGAUAAAAUGGGCAAUGACUGGCUAGAACUGAAAAAUUGACAAUGUUUCAAAUUUGAAUGAUCUUUUGGCUUUUGAAAUGUCAUUAAAUUUUCUGAACUAGGCCACUAUUACCUAUUUCACUCCUUUUACGCCAUCAUGAAUAUUCUACCUAAACCUCCACUGAGAGAAUAUUCUUAUUGUUAUCUACAGUAAUAAUAAUUUUUACUGAAAAGUGGGAAUAUAAAUCCCUAGUUAACGUAAAGGAUGCAUAUCAAGUUGACUCCUAUGCCUACGAGUAAGCAAGUUACAUAAAUAAGAAACAGUAACAUCCUUAUUUACUACUUAAUGGAACUGAAAUAGAUAUACUUGAUGAAACACUGAAAAGUAAAGACAAUUUGAAAGCUAGGCAUGUGUAAAUUUGUUUUUUAAUCUAAAGCCUAAUUGGCAUUCUUCAUAAUUUCUUUUGAAUAUUCUGAUAAAUUUUGAGUUAUUUUGAGAAUACAUUGGUUAACUUGGAUUAGUUAACUCAUCUUGUCAAAUUUUAUACUAAAUAAGGCUUACCUUUGUUUACCCUGUUGCUACGGUGUCAAGCAUAUAAUGUACAUUACAUAAUAAAUUUAUUGGCCUAUUAAUUAACUUUUAAAACUAACUUCUGGGAAGAUGGCAGUAUGGAAAAACAGUUUUAAACCCAAUUACUAUUAAGCAAAAUACCUAAGUUCAUUGCCUUAAACAAAUAUUAUAUUAAAAAGAUUAGAAGCAUCUAGCUUACUUAUUUCAGCCUUUAUAGAUUAUGUUCUUCUCAAUGACAAAAAUUAAUUUCAAUUUAUUUUAAGAAUACAGUCAUUUAAACUUGGAUAAAUUUGUUUAGUUUGUGGAAUUGUAUACCAUGUUGUUGGUGCUAGUUUAUAUGCACUAAAAAUUGCUAGAGUAAUUUAUUGAAAAUUCAUCUGCAGAUUGUUUCCAUAUUUGUCGUACAAUAAAAGUCAAAUAUAUACGUAUAUAUAUAUAUAUAUAACUGUGGCUUGAAAGCCUAGAAAUAUUUGAAAAUAAUGAUUUUAGUGUGUAACAUCAUAUUCAAUGACCUGUUAAAUGUUUCUUUUUAUGAUGAUGAAAUCAGUAUACAUUUUCAUUUACAGUGUUUUAUAAUUUAAAACAUACACAUGGUGGCCAUAUGUUUUUUUUUUUACAUGGCAGUUUACAGAUACUUACGAUUAACAUUCACCUAAACUACAGAAUGGCAUGACACAAGUGAGUUUUCUAGUUUUGUUUUUUAACUUAUGAGGAACAUCCUAUCAAAGCUGUAAAAAUUUACUUAUUAAACUAUUACCCAUUCAUCAUUUGAAAAAUAGUCCAAUAUUUGAACUGACAUAGAAAUUGUAGUUGCUGGCAACUAACUUAUUAACAUUAUGUUAGGCUAGCACAGUUUUUGGUGUAACUUUAAAUCAUUUAUUGAACUUGACACUCUGUAAACUUCUCCAAUAAGAAGUAAAUUUUAUGAUUUAAAUAAAAAAUUAUUGGUAAAGUACACAUUGUUUCAAUAAACUGUUUGGUAAUUUUUUGCUUUUGGAUUUUGUGCAAGUAUAUGGACAAGAUUUUUCUUAUUGUACAUCUUUAUUGCCUUCUGGUUAGCUUAAAUUUUUAUCUCUAAAAUGCAGACCCCAAGUGUAUUAUCAAGAAUAUCACUGAAUGUCAUGUCUAUUUAUUGUUCUUUGUACUAGGUUAAAAGUUUAUAUUCUCUUAAUAUAUAGUUGUAAUGUAAGAUAUCUAGUUUAACUAAUCCAGUUAGUCUAGAGAGGUGUAUUAUGAUGGAAAAUAUGUAAAUAUAACAUUUUGGGGUAAAUUUUGUGAUGUGAUUGGACAGGUUGUGAUUUAUGUCUGAUUCACAUUUAUACAAAACUGUACUUUCUGUACAAUCAUUUUCUAAUUUUGCUGUAAACAAUAAAUUAUUGUCAAUGUAAUAAAUAAGUGAUUUACCGCUCUUUUCUCUUAA